AUGGACCGGAUCCACGUAACCGUGCGCGCGAGGCCGCUCUCGGCGGAGGAUGCGCAGAGCAGCCCGUGGCGGAUCUCCGGCAACGCCGUCGCGCUCACCACCCAGCCCUCCACCCGCUUCGACUUCGACGAGAUUUUCAGCGAGGAGUGCCGCACCGCGGACGUCUACGGGGCCCGCACCAAGCACAUCGUCGACUCUGCCGUGCAGGGCUUCAACGGCACUGUCUUCGCCUAUGGGCAAACUAACAGUGGAAAGACCUAUACAAUGAGAGGAUCUGCUAAUGAACCUGGAAUUAUACCGCUUGCGGUUCACGAUUUAUUUCGAAGUAUACAAGAGCAUAUGGACAGAGAAUUUCUUGUUCGCAUGUCUUAUAUGGAGAUUUAUAAUGAAGAGAUAAAUGACCUUCUUGUCCCAGAACACCGAAAAUUGCAGAUUCAUGAGAACUACGAGAGAGGCAUAUAUGUUGCUGGUUUAAGAGAGGAAAUUGUAACCUAUCCUGAACAAGUCUUGGAUUUUGUAUCGUUCGGAGAAUCCCACCGUCAUAUUGGGGAGACAAACAUGAACGUCUAUAGCAGCCGUUCUCAUACCAUAUUUCGCAUGGUUAUUGAGAGUCGGGAAAAAGCUGAUGAAACUGAGGCAGGAGAUUCUUGUGAUGCUGUUCGAGUAUCUGUCCUGAAUCUGGUAGACUUAGCUGGUUCAGAACGUGCUGCAAAGACUGGUGCAGAGGGUGUGAGACUCAAGGAGGGUUCCCACAUUAACAAAAGUCUAAUGACUCUUGGUACGGUAAUCAAGAAAUUAAGUGAAGGUGUAAAGGGUCAGGGGGGGCAUGUUCCUUACCGAGAUAGUAAGUUGACAAGGAUACUGCAACCGGCUCUAGGUGGAAAUGCUAACACAGCCAUCAUUUGUAAUAUAACACUUGCGCAGAUCCAUGCAGAUGAGACUAAAAGCAGCUUACAAUUUGCCAGUAGGGCAUUACGUGUUACAAAUUGUGCAGAAGUGAAUGAGAUUUUGACGGAUGCUGCUCUUUUAAAACGCCAAAGAAAAGAAAUAGAGGAACUUAGAGCAAAGCUUAAGAACUCUCAAAGUGAGCACUGGGAUGAAGACGUUUUGAAUUUGAGGAACACACUGCUACAGAGCGAACUAGAAAAGGAGAGAAUUGCUUUAGAGUUGGAGGAGGAAAGGAAAGCUAAAGAGCAUCGCGAGAAGAGGUUGUUGCAGCGCAAAAAAAUUGAAAAUCUUAGUUCGUUGGUCUUAAAUUCAGACAGAGAUGACAGGGUUGUUGUUUCUAGUAAGAACAAAAGAAGACAAACAUGGUGUGCUCGACCCCUGUCUAGGCAGUUAGAUGUUGAGGUUCCAGAACUCGAACAAGGCUCUGCAAGAAGCUGCGGCGAGCGUGACAUGGGGAUGCCCCCAUCCUUUGAAGAGCUAAUGCAAGAAAGCCCCGCCAGCUACAGCGAGCCUGCUCAUGGUUGUUCAUCAAGUGAUUUAUGGAAUGAAGAUAUUUCUCUACCUGAUUCACAUGCUUUGUUGAAUGUUACAAGCAGAAGAAAGCCAAGCACAAAGAAGAAAUUAGUUCAAGAGCAACUUAGAUCGUUAGUACCUGAAUCACCCCAAGACCCUAAUGAGUGGAAAGAUGCCAUGCUAUGCCAGGAAAUCACCAACCCUAAUGGCUUAUCUGCUCGGGAGUCGGAGGCCAUUCUUGUCAUUAAACAACUUCAAGACCAGGUCAACUUGCUGGAGUCAGAGAAGAGUUUGAUUCAAAAUAACUUGGAUGAUGUUCUCGAGUUGGCAACUCAGCAGAAGGCUUCUUUCAGUGAGAAGUAUGAAGAGCUUCAGCGGAAUGCCCUGGUGGCACAAGAGCAAGCAAAAACUGCUGAUGAGAAGCUAUCAGCUCUGGCUACCAUUGAAAAAUCCAAACAAGUACUUUCUUAUCCUCAUCCACUUGCCAU